AAACUUAAUACUAUUAUUAUUAAAAACUAUUUUUUUUUUUUUUUAAUUAAAAAAAUUUUAAAUUACUUAUUAGGCGUAUAUUAUUAUACUACUUUUAACUUGCAAAACGCAUACUACUGCCUAAAAAUUGCAGUAACCUAUAUUAAUAAAAUAUUUAAUAAGUACUUAAACUAUAUUUGCGUAGUUUAUUUAAAUAAUAUUUUUAUUUAUAUUUAUAGUGCUAAUAUUGCAGUUUACUAG